CGGCUGAGAGGGUGACGUGUUGUCAGGAACAGUUUCUCUAUACAGUGAUCUCCAUCAUGUACUUCGUGACUAACGAUAAAAGGCGGACAGUGAAAUUCAAACAUUGGCUAUACUGUAGAACUGAAGCCAUGGACCAGGAGCCAACUAUGUGGAUAAAAAAAGAGGGAACAGAUGAAGUACAAACUGAGUUAUGCUUCAUGGCCCAAGUUUACCCAUGCAGCAUGAAUGUAAAAGAAGAGUUGGAGGAGGGUGCGAAUAAAGAGUCUGUUGAAGAUCCAUUGGGAAUAUUUUGGUCCACUGAUUUCAUCAAGGAGGAUCCUGAAUUAAAUUUGGAAAUGAAUAUAACUGAGAAUACUGUCAUCCCUGAUUUGUUGAGAUGUUUCUCUUGGAGCAGCAGCUGAUCGCUUACAAAUCAUUCUGUCCUUCCUU